AUGGUUGCUGCAGCAGGAGUCCCAAAGAAGAGGACGUUCAAGAAGUUUUCCUCAAAAGGAGUUGAUCUCGAUGCUCUUCUCAAUAUGUCUACUGAUGACCUUGUCAAGCUCUUCCCUUCUCGUAUUCGCAGAAGGUUUUCUAGAGGUUUAACCAGGAAGCCAAUGGCUCUGAUUAAGAAGCUGCGUAAAGCG